GCCAUUACUUAGUCCAAUGUGGCAUUGUCUUAACAUUUCCCCUUUAGCAUUUCGAUAUAUUGCAUCUUCUAUCUCCAAUUUCUAUAAAUCAUUCAUUGCGGGAACCUAUAUUAUAUCUUCAGGAUCAAAGAAUAGAUGUCCGAGUCCGUUAGCAAUGGUCGGAAUUAUUAAAUCUGUCUUGGAGGAUUCAAAUGUAAAGAGAAAUGCAAGAAUCUUGUUAUCUAGUGGAUCAAAAAUCAAUAUGAAUUUAUUAGCUUUAGUCGUUAAUGAUUUAUUUGAAAAUGUAGAAAAUAAAUCAUAUGAUAUAUAUGAACUUUUAAAUCAGCGCAUUAAAAUAUAUGCAAUUGACGAUAAUUCAUAUAAGGUUGGCAUUGAUCUUUUCAAUGAUGAAUUCGAAGACCCAAAAAGUGUAAGACUUUUGAGUUGGAAUAGUUCUGAGAAUUCAGAAAUCAAAAAAAUUUCUGAUACCUUUAAAACUAUUCCGGAACAACCAAUUAAUAAAAUCUCUGAAUUUUACAUCAAGAUUAUCAACGAUAAACAACUUUGGCUCGGUGUUAACGAGAAAGGGGAUCUGGUUCCUUCAGAAAAGCCUAUUUUAUUUUAUAUAUCAAAUGUACCAUUUCUAGAUCAAAUUGCAUAUCGAAUUUCUA